AUGAGCGCUAAUCACGAACGUCCGUUUUUGAAGUACUCGCCGUUCUUCAGGCUCCGAUACGUCCAACAUUCAAUUGUUUCGAUCACACUAUUGUUACUGGUCAUAACACUGAUAACCACCACAUUGCCUAUUGGAACGACACUCGGACUUGAUACAACCAUCACCACCACAGACCAUAAUGACCAGUUACCACUAUUUCCACAAUCCACUCACCACUCUUCAUCACUGAGACAAACGAAUGAAAUGAAAGAACGAAUUGCUCAAAUUCAAAGAGAAGAGCAUAUCAAAUAUUUAAUUGAAAAAUACCCAAAGAGUCAAUUAGCAAAUAGGGAUUACACAACUUUACUACCAUCAGAAAAUACACUCAACUCUUGGAUCAAUGUAUUUUCAUUAUUUAGUGAUUCUUUACAAAACUUUAAGAAACCUCUCAUUCAUCAAUUAUUAGAAAAUUAUAAUAUUCAUGAAGAGGAUUUAGAAAAUCCAGGAACAUACAAAUACAAUCCAUCCAUUCCAGUAUCAGUUCAGAACAUGCUGGAUUUAUUUUUAUAUGGAAAGAUGAAUAGUGAGAGAUUGAAUGAGCAGUUGCAACAAACUCCAUUGAAUUCACAAAUAGCUCUAAACGAAGAGUUCUCAUCAUUGGAUCAAACUCUUUUUCAACAUGAAGAGAAAUUGAGGAAUGAUUUACAUCAUCUAGGUGCCUCUGAAGAAACCAUUCAUACUCUUUUAGAUCAAGUUCAUUCUAUAAUGUCUUCACGUGCAAUUCUACUCUCCAAUUCCUCAGCUCCUGCCAAUAACUGUGAUAAGAGAUCGGUCUAUGUAGGCUAUGACUCUACCAUUUAUAUUUGUAAUGGAACCAUAGUCUCCAAACAAGUCUAUGAAAAUAUUACGUCAGACCCUACCAAUAAUAUUACAACCACUUGUUAUACCAAUACCACUGCAUCCUAUGCAUGUAUUUGUCCAUUGGAUAAGGUCGGAGUGGAUUGCAAGAGCACUCGAAAAUUUCAAUGUGUGGCCACCAUGCUUACUCCCAUUCUGAAUUGUACAAAAUCUACGAUUCAAUAUGGAGGGUUAUCGUUGGAUGGAGAUUUUCCAUGCUUGAUUGUCAAUAGUACAGAUUCAUUAGCCUUUUCAUUCCGAAUGAAAUGUCAAUUUAUAGAAAAGCCUGACUUUUUAACCACCAAUGCCAAUCUUACAGAUUCCAUGAAUGUUACUAUUAUUAGUACCAAUCAAACGACAACAAUUGGUGAAAUUAGAAAGAAUUUUCAAUACUUUUUUAAGAGUACUAGUUUGCUUAAUGAUAGUAUGAUCACGUCCGAUGAAAAGAAUCCAUCGUUUGUUCUCUAUACUCCAAUUUCUAAAAACUUUACGAUCAAAUUCUUUAAUUUCAAUCGAUUGAGCGACUCGAGAGGAAUGGUCAAGAAAAUACUCGAUCGAGGUGAAUAUUAUGUUGGAAACGAAACCAUUCAUUUUCCAUUAUUCCAACCUUCAACAUUACCUUCUGAAUUCUUUGCUGGACAGAGAUUGUAUGGUGAAGUAGGAUAUUUACCGAAUGAAGUUGAUGGAUUGCAAGCCAUGAAAUUUAUCAAAAUAUUUAUUGAUUUUGAAGAUCGAAAAGUACCAGAAUAUGUGAACUAUACAAGUCUUAUUAUUGGACUUGUUGUUCCAUUUGGAUCUAUUAUUGUGAUUUCUAUUUUGGUAACAAUUAUUGGAGUGUGUUAUUACAAAAAGAUGAAAGAAAAGAGUUUUUUGAAGGUUGAAUAA